AAUACAAUCACAACAUUUCAGCGUCCAAGUGAGCACUGAAAUGUUUCAAAACUUAUUCAAUACCUAAACCAAAGUUUCACAAUUCCACAUGUCUAAGCGAGUGUUUAAAUACAAACAAAUUGUGCUUCCUUAAAACUCCUUUUCCACGCAAGCGCGGUAAUACCCAUCCCUUUGGAGUAUCUGUAUCCAGUUAGUUCGCAUUCGGAACCCAGGAGAACACGUUCUCUUGCUCGGUUAAAGUUUCUAGCACACGUUUGCGAGCCGUUAUAAGUGAUAACUUCGUUGGGUAUUACCUCUUCGUUUUUAAAUAUUUGUGAACAGUUAUAAUGAGUGUAAUCAUUUUUUUAAUAUCGAUGAUGUUGUUUCGUCUUAGUUAUGCUAAAGAUGAACCAAAAUUCGUGGGUCCGGACACCAACGUGACCGUAGUGGUGGGGAGAGAUGCCAUUCUGAGCUGCCAAGUGCAGAACCUGCAAAACUACAAGGUAGCAUGGCUCCGUGUUGACACCCAAACAGUUCUGACCAUUGGCCCCCACGUGAUCACAAAGAACCACCGCGUAGGUGUCACGGGGGCUGACCCCCAGGCGUGGUCGCUGACGAUCAGAGAUGUCCGGAUGUCCGACGGGGGUCACUAUAUGUGCCAAGUCAAUACCGAACCCAUGAUCACGCAGACACAUCAUCUUCAUGUCGCUGUGCCACCAGAUAUUGUGAGUGGUAGCAAUGGCGAGGUGAUGGUAAGAGAAGGAGAUGCAGUGUCCCUCCACUGCGCUGCGACAGGCAUCCCCUAUCCCACCAUCACUUGGAGAAGGGAGGACUCCACUCAAUUCAAAAUUAACGGUCAAAACGUGAUGAAGUGGAGUGGCGUGUGGCUGAACUUGACAGCAGUGCCUCGCGACCUGGACGGCGCCUUCCUCUGUAUUGCCACUAACGGAGUGCCUCCCUCCGUCAGCAAGAGGAUACUGCUUCAUGUUCUAUGUAAACCGUCCGCUCUCGUGUCCCAUAAGAUGAUUGGCGGGUAUCUCGGAGAACCAGUGGUGCUGCAAUGCAAUAUCGAAGCGAAUCCUACGCCUGUCAUUUACUGGACACAUCACGACGGAAAUAAACUACAAAAUGGUACAAAGUACCAGGCGGUCAUGAGCUCGCAGAGGUACAAACACGUGUCUUUGCUAAGGAUCUCCAACGUCUCACGAGACGACAUCGGCCCCUACUUUUGCAAUGUGGAAAACUCAAUGGGAAACGCGAGAGAUGACGUCACGCUUUACACGCUAGUGACGACCACAGUGAAGACUACCACAACUACGGCCAGGACAGAGACUACUUUAGCGGAGAUUGACACGACCUCUGUUACUUCAGUUCAACCUUAUGCGGAUAUGGUUGAAGAUCCUAAUCAUUACGGAGUGGACACAGACAACUUUGUCGUAGUGCUCAGUCAACAUCAAAUGCAGAAUUUGGAUAUCUCUCCAAGUUCGUGACCAGAGACCCAUCCAGACCAGUGGCCAUGGUCUGCCGGGACAAGAUCUUCAGCACAAUUUGUUGUAGUUACAUUACCAUUGUUCCACAUAGGACUUUGGAGACUGCAGUGCUACUUAACAGUGUAUAAAUGACUGUUUCCACUAUGAUUUACAUUUACAUGUCGUUGUUUACACAAAUAAGCGUGAUAUGGAACGCGCCUAUUCAUAAACAACGAUGAGAUAAGCAUUUGAAUUUUAUCUUAAUCGCAAUAGAUACGACAAUCAGUUUAGAUAUUUUUAUGCUAUUUUUUUUU